UAAAGCUCCAGUUCUGCCUUUGGGAGAUAAGGAGACCAGAACCCAGGCUCUUUCAUCUGGCUUUUGGCACUCUAACAGGUUUACCCAUGGCUGGGUGGAGCUGCCUUGUGACGGGAGCAGGAGGCUUUCUGGGUCAGAGGAUUGUCCGCUUGCUGGUGGAGGAGAAGGAGGUACAGGAGAUCAGAGCACUGGACAAAGUCUUCAGACCGGAAUUGCGGGAAGAAUUUUCCAAACUCCAGAGCAAGGUCAAGCUGACCGUGCUGGAGGGAGACAUUCUGGAUGAGCAGUUCCUGAAGAGAGCUUGCCAGGGCGCCUCAGCUGUCAUUCACACCGCCUCUAUCAUCGACGUCACGAACCUCUUUAACCCACAGGUCACCAUGAAUGUCAAUGUGGAAGGUACCCAGCUCCUAUUGGAGGCCUGUUCCCAGGCUAGCGUGCCAAUCUUCAUCUACACCAGCUCCGUAGCGGUGGCUGGGCCCAACUCCUACAGGGAGAUCAUCCAGAAUGGCCAUGAAGAAGCACAUCUCGAAACAAAAUGGUCCUCUCCAUACCCAUACAGCAAAAAGCUUGCUGAGAAGGCUGUGCUGGCAGCUAAUGGGUUGCCUCUUAAAAAUGGUGGCACCUUAUACACUUGUGCCUUAAGGCCCAUGUUUAUCUAUGGGGAAGGAAGCCCAACCCUUUAUUACCUUAUGCAUGAGGGCCUGAACAACAAUGGCAUCCUGACACACAACUGCAAGUUCUCCAGAGCCAACCCAGUCUAUGUUGGCAACAUAGCCUGGGCCCACAUUAUGGCCUUGAGGGCCCUGAGGGACCCCAAGAAGGCCCCAAGCAUCCAAGGACAGUUCUACUACAUCUCAGAUGACACACCUCCCCAAAGCUAUGAUGACUUAACUUACACUUUGAGCAAAAAGUGGGGCUUCUGCCUUGAUUCCAGAAUGAGACUUCCCAUAUUUCUGAAGUACUGGCUUGCCUUCCUGCUGGAAAUAGUGAGCUUCCUGCUCAGUCCAAUUUACAAAUAUCGACCUCCCUUCGACCGCCACCUAGUGACAUGGCAAAACAGUGUUUUUACCUUCUCCUAUAAGAAAGCUCAGCGAGAUAUGGGAUAUGAGCCGCUCUUCAGCUGGGAGGAAGCCAAGAAGAGAACCACUGAGUGGAUCGACGCCCUGGUAGAACCGCACCAGGAGGCCCUGAAAACAAAGACUCUCUGAUCUACAGGUGACAUGGAUGCGGAUGUUAGGAGAUGUCUGCUAGACUCUCCCCUUCCGUCUUCAAACAGCAAAUACCAUGAGCACGAGCCCAGAUCCUACUGCCUCUCUUUCACAAGAUGCCCACGUUAUCGUCUUCCUCUUGCCACUAGAAACUUUCCCAGUCACUCGCGCAGCCAGAAUCUUCUGCCCUACCCACCUUCCAGAGGACAGACAAGAUGAUUUGCUGCAGCUGUUGGCACCAAAGUCUUAGUUGCUGAUUCUGAGCUCUUCAGGCCUCUUUUAACUUAGAGUUUUGCCUGUUAGUUCCCGUUCCUUUGUUAAAUGCAAAAGCAUUUCCUAUCUUUUAAAAAUUCCUAUUACUUCAGACAGCUCAAUGAAAAGAAUAAUAAAUGUUUUACUGAC